AAUCUCGAAAAUGCCAUCCAAGUGCUGUGCGAGAUGAUCAAGAAAAUUGACAAGUACGCAAACUCGGACCAGCUGGACGAAAUACUGGAAAAGGUGCCGGGUGUGAUUCGCAAGAUAUACGACUUUUCCAAGCCUUCGGAAGUGUUCCGCAAUGUGUUAAACCAUGGCGAUUUGUGGUGUAACAACGUCAUGUUCCGAUAUGAGAUGAUACCCACUAGCGUGGAUAGUGGCAUCGAUGGCGAAGGGCACCCAUCCGAGGGACGUAAAACGAGCACGACAUCGGACCGCGAGGAUCACACGGAAGCUGAGAAAGAUCACCAAACCCAGGUUGCCAAUGCUAACUGCCAUCCCAUGGGUCUAAUCCCGGUCGAGGCGAAACUUGUUGACUUCCAGUUGGCCCGCUAUGCGCCUCCCGCCUGGGAUGUUUCGACGUUACUUAUGCUUUGCAGCACGCGCGAUUUUCGAGACAAACAUUUACAAACGUUGCUGACCAUUUACUAUCAAGCGUUGGGCGAUCUGCUUCUUUCAAGUAGCGACAUGAGCGUAGAAUUCGUCUUACCACGCUCGGAGUAUGAUGCGUCUUGCAAACACUUUCAGCUGGCCGGACUCAUAGAAGCUUUACUGUUCAGCCACAUAACACUCUUGCCCAAACAAACUGCCAAGGAUAUGCUCAGCUCUUCGACAGAUUUUGAUAGCUUUUUGCGCGGGACGGGCAAGCAACGUGUUUGUCUACGUGCUUUCGGAGAGGCGCCUACAUACAGAGCUCGAAUGUCCGAAUUGCUAACUGAGCUGAUUGAGACGUGUGUGCACCAUUGAAAUCAUAGAUCUGUACAUUACCCACCACAGUGAUUAGGAAGUAUACAUAUGGCGUGUACGGUUUACGAACAUGAAAGGAGAGAUGAAUAAAUUAUGAUACAACCAACCGCAUGAAAGAGCUUAGAUAAGGAAGAUUAUUAUCAAGCUAAUCGGCAUAUUGAAUCAGAUUUUGUAGAACACAUGGUGGAGGUGAAAAGCAGUGUGAUAGUUGCUAGUUGGUUCGUGGCCGCACCAGUCCUGCCACCAGUCGCAUCGAAUAUGAGGUUCAUGGAUAUCGUGAAGGAAUACUUGAUCAACUCCACCUUUCACGGCGUGAAGUUUAUAGCUGAUGAUUCGUACCACGCAUCCGAACGUAUUUUCUGGAUAGUAUGUGUCAUCAUUUCGUGGGUCGGUUCUGCGUUUCUGAUUGAUGCCUCGCUCGAAGCUUUCCAAACCAGCGCCAUAUCGUUCGUAGUGGAAACUAGUUACCGUGAUUGGAACACUCGCUUUCCAUCCAUCGUCGUGUGUGAAAUGCGCAACAUGGAACGGAUUCAAGCGAUUGCGGAUAAACUUUGGGGUGAGGAUCAUGACUUCGCGAUGGAAGAGGUGCUCAAUGAGAUUGGAUACUUUCGUGGCGAAUCGUACCAUACCGUCAACGAGUGUGCGGGAGAAGAUAUGGCGGAAAACUGUUUCUUCGACAACUUCACGGCGUACGCAGAUUUAGUGCGUAGCGCAUGUGCGGAAACGUUGGAAGAUUGCUAUUGGAAUGACAAGCCAUUCGAUUGCUGCCGGUAUUUCCAGCCGAUGGAAACCGAGCUGGGCCUAUGCUACGCCGUCAAUUCGUUGCAAACAAGUGCAAAACACCCGAUCAAGUUGAACAUGAUCUCGAACAAGCAUACGGGACCGGGCAAGCUCACAAUUACCGUGCUGACCGAAGCGUACGUGUACACGAUCGGCGAGGAGGAGGUACCUAAUUUGAUCACGCCGAAAUCGGACGUACUGCUCGUCGACCACUACAUCGCCUACAAACGACACAUAUCGAUAAAGGACAUUGAAAACGAUCCCGAGGCAAAGCAAGUCAGCGUGUCGCAGCGCAAGUGUCGGUUUCCGGACGAAAACAAUCUCAACGUUCAUCGGUAUUACAGCUACAGUGCAUGCUCGGUACAGUGCCGAAAGGACAAGCAGCUCAAAAUUUGCAACUGCACAAGCCAUCUAAUGCCCAACACAGAUCCUUAUUUAAAAUGCAACAUGUCCGGACUGAUUUGCCUCAACGAGCAUUACGAGGAUCUUACCAUAGUCAUUCCCAAAUGGUCGGUAGGACGUAGAGGCGUCGUCUGUGAUUGUUUGCCGUCCUGUACCGAAGUGGACAUUGGGAUCGUGCACGAUUCCCGGGAAAGCAUAUUCGACUCUGAUCGUCGCUACUCGACCAUCGAGAUUCAACUAUCCGCACUACCCACGGAGCGAUACAAAAGGAAUGUUGUCCGCGGAAGGCUCGAUUUAGUUGUGUCUGUCGGAGGCACGACCGGACUGUUCGUCGGAGCUAGCUUAUUGUCUUUUGUGGAGAUUCUGUACUAUUUCACCAUUCGACCGUAUGGAACACGAUACUUAAUUAAUGUGCAUCAGCCGGGCAACAAACCUUUGCCAAAAACGUUGACGCCAUAUAACAUUCCAACUAACUAACUACACUUUCCGCAACGUAUUAUAUGCAUCCUUAAACAAAUCUCUUACAUUUUUUGGUGAGUUUACCAUCUUUUAAAAUAACUUAAAAAAUGGAUUGAAAUAUUUGACGAACGAAAUGCUAGAAGGCGAGAACACGUGUCGUGUUUGCACUAGAUAAGCUUACCGCUGUAAAUUGUGGGUAGUUUUCCGGUUGCUUCAGUGCAUCCAGGUGUUGCUGAAGCGUAUAUUCCAAGCCAACCCUGUUAUCAACCUUCAUUCUUCAGGACGCUGAACGAUGAAUCAAUGACAAUGCUACAAUCAAGAUUCAAGUGAGGGUUUACCGGUAUUAAUUGGGCCGCGCAGAGAGCCAGAUAACAGGCUACAUAGGUCCACCUGCACUAAACGGUUACGGCGGUCGAGCUGAUAGAUAAGCAUCCACACCACACAGCACCAAUCAUAAAGCGAUUGCGCUUUCGGUGCACCUGAACCUAUGUGAUUGUUCCUCUUCUUAAUCAACGUCUCUAAUGAGGGAAGCAUAAAUAGUAGCGAUAUUGACACACCUGUUUGAACCAGCCGGUGGUGACCAAUUCCUUGGACUUUGUUGUUACGUGUUUGGGUGCAGCUGUUAUCUACGGCUGUGCUUUGCCAAUUGGUACGAGUAAUAACAAAAAAAAAGACAUAGAUAACCACAGAGUCGAGUUCUCUUACACCUAAAGUCAGCACGGCCGCCUUGCCAGAAUGCAUACGUCAUCGAAUCUAUAAAAAUUGAUCUUCCCGUUAGACGUGAGCGGGGUGCAGGUGCACUUGUUUCCUAUCUACAGAUGAUACGGACGGCAAUGUUUGGCCAUGUCAUUGGUUCAACAAAUCCUAGCAUUAUUUGUUGCCCAGGUGUGACAUUUACUCAUUUUCUUAUCAAGAAUUACAAGCGCUUUGCCGAUUUGCCUUAUGGAGCGGCCGGAGUGUAAGAAGCAGGCGUCGCUUACGACCGAGUAUCAAACGUCUGCCAAUCUUGCGAUCCGCACGCAUCUGCACCGUCCAACCAACUCCGUCUGGAUCACCAGCUGCCAUUCCCUGCACAUCAUGCAAGCCUACAAAUUAAAGGCUACCCCAACAAGGCUAAUCGCUUUGCCGUUGUAGAAAUUAAUGUUAAAUUUUAAAAAUCGAUGGAUAAGCUGCUUUCCCUGCUCGCAUUUCUUUCCUUUUGCUCAAUAGUGAUCGGGUGUGACUAUUCCAAUUUUGUCGCGUAGGUUUCGUAAACUCAGAGUAAGAUUUAUUUCAUACUACACAUUUAAAUUCCUCCUAAAAUGACUGCACUUCCGUAACAUUGUACUGACAGUUUAGUGUGUUUAGUUACUAUAUAUAUAUUUUUCAUAUUCCCCGUCCGCUGUACUAUACUUUCAAUAGGUGAAAAAAACUAGAAUGAAAAACUGAAAAUUCUAAUCGUAAAUACUUUAGAGACCGGUGUAAGUAUAGUUGAAUCGAAGUACUAGGAAACAGAGUAAAACAAUAUUGUAUUAUUUGUUGAAAUGGAAGUUUUUCUCUUCACUUCCUAUUCCUGAAUUUCAGUAAACUAUGUUCAAAUCAUGCAUAUGCAAAUAAACAACACAUAUUCCUAUUGAUCACAGCAUAGUUAUGAGGUUUGUUAUAAGAUUGCUCCUUCAUUCCCGGUAGAUUUUUAAAAUGCAUAUGC